GAAAAAGAUACAAAGAUUCAUAUCUAGAAAGAAAUAUUAAUUGGAUGAUCAGAAGUAAUGAUCCAACACCACUUGAAUUUUUUUGUUUUAUUUUUCCAAAACAACGUAAUAUGGCAUUUGUAAAAUAUCAUGAAACACUUUAUGAAUCUUUAAACUAUGCUGAAGAUCAAGCAGUAAAGGAAAAACUUGAAAAAAUAAAAAAAAAUCUCAGUGAAGAAACAAUUCAGAAAGAUUGGAUAACAUGGACUGAAGAGAGAAAAGCUGUUGAGAUCCGUCAUUCAAUAAUUCAAACAAAUGCGAAUAUUCAAGGAAAAUUCAAUUCAUUA